GACUAGUGUUUUGUUUUUGUUUCUCCCGGUGGUUUCGAUUCUAGUGAAUCGAAACUUAGACUCGGUAUUUAAAGGAGCGCAGAACAGCGUCCUGUCAGAACAGAACAAGGACAGGAGACAGGAACGAACACAACCGAGCAUAACGACUUGAUAACCCUGAUGACCAAUGGAUAGUUGCCCAAAUGUACAGCAAAGUCGAGAUCAAGAAAGAGAUGGAGGUGAUAGAGAUGGCAGAAGAGGAGGUUUUGGAGGUCGACCAAGAGGAGAACACAGACGAGGAGGUUCUGGCGGUCGACCAGGAGGAGAACAGAGAAGAGGAGUUUCUGUAGGUCGACCAGGAGGAGAACACAGGAGAGGAGGUGCAGGAGGAGAACACAGAAGAGGAGGUGCAGGAGGACGACCAGGAGGAGAACACAGAAGAGGAGGUGCAGGAGGACGACCAUGGGGAGAAGAUAGAAGAGGAAGUGCUGGGGGGAGACCGGAAUUAGGUGACAGAAGUGGAGGUGCAGGGGGAAGACCGGGUUUAGGUGACAUAAGAGGAGGUUCAAGGGCAAGAUCAGCUGUGGGUGACAGAAGAGGAGGUGGCAGACAAGAGAAUGAAAGAGGUGAGAGGAAAGGAGACAACAGAGAGAACCGUAGGCUAGAAGCAUCAAGGGAAAGAGCAGGAGCGGAAGGUGGUCAACGAGGAGAAAGAGGUGGAGGACAAUUACAGAGAGGAAGAGGGGGCCAUAUGAGAGGAGGGAGUAGAGAUGGUCCGUCUGAGGUACGGAAACUUGGGUACAAAACACUGGAGGAGCUUCUGGAGAAAGAUGUAUCUGUUGUGGUCAUUACUCUCUCAUCCAAUGCAGGCCUGCAGCCUUUGCUGAUGGAGACAGACAUGCGGCCGGACCUCGUACAACUGCUCUGCCAGGUUCUCUGCAAAGCUUUUCAGUCUAGGUAUGAUCGCAGAAUAGUGCUACACUUAGCACAGGUGGUAAAGGACUCUAGCUUCUUCCACACUGUGCUUCCUCACUAUGUUACGGGAAUUAUGACUGAUCAUGUUCCUGCUCGAGGACAGCAGUAUCCUCAGCACCUGAACAACAUUAUCAACCUCAUGUCUGGUAUGCUCAGCAUGUUUCCAUCCAGCUCCAUCUGUACCAUCUCAAUGCUGUUGGCGCUUGUGAAAACAGUUGUCAACCAUCUGCGAGCUUCUGGCAUAGAUAUUCUGCACACAAUUGAUGAAGGACUGGAUAAGAUCCAAAGCAUGGUGGAACACCUCCAAGAGAAAGCAAGAGAUGGGACCUUGAGAUCAGACAACUACACAGUUCUCAUUGGCAAUGAUGACACUCCAGAAGGGGAAGAUGACUUCAGGAACAUGACCAUUUACCCAACUCCUGAAGAAUUCCGUCAGGACAAGAAACCUUUCCUGCGGGCUAACAUUAUGUCAAAAAGUUACCCCAGUACCCAUAUCUACCUGGAUACACAUUUUAGGCUUCUGAGAGAGGACUUUGUAAGGCCAUUACGUGAAGGUAUAAGAGAGUUACUGCAAAGCAAGCAAGAUGAGACCCUCAGUGGCAUGCCAAUAAGGAAGAAAUGCUUCGAUGAUAUCAGGGUGUACUUUGACACUCGAUUGGUCAUUCCUCUCUGCACUCCCACAGGCACUGCCUAUAGAGUGCAAUUUGACACUCGACCCCUUAAGUUUGUUCGUUGGGAAAAUUCCAAGCGGUUGCUGUAUGGGUCCCUGGUCUGCUUGUCUAUGGACCAGUUUGAAACGUUCCUAUUUGCUACGGUAGCUGACCGUGACCCCAAAGACCUGAGAAACGGCCAGGUGCUGUUGAGUUUUUCUAGAAACAGUCGAGCUCAACUGGCCACUGUCCAGUCCUCUCAUUCUUUCCUGAUGGUUGAGACCACGGCCUACUUUGAAGCCUAUCGCUAUGUCCUGGAGGGGCUUCAGGAACAAGAUGAGGACGAUCUCCCUUUUCAGAGAUACAUUGUAGAAUGUAACUCAGAUGUCCGUCCACCAGCAUACUUUAUGGAGGGGGAACGAACUUAUGAUCUUACCUGCAUCGCAGCAGAUGGUCAUACGAGCAGUGUGAAACCAUUUAUCCCACUCAACCCUACUUCCUGGCCGACUGAAGAGCAACUGGGUCUUGAUAAGAGCCAGCUUGAAGCCCUUAACCUGGCCCUAACCAAGGAACUGGCCAUCAUACAGGGUCCACCAGGCACAGGGAAGACACACGUGGGUCUAAAAAUUGCUAAGGCCCUGCUAAAGAACAGUAGGGUGUGGUCUGCUAAUUCUCCUAUGCUGGUGGUCUGUUACACCAAUCAUGCUCUAGACCAGUUUCUAGAAGGUAUCCAGAGUUUCUUGAAGAAAGGUAUUGUAAGGGUUGGUGGCCGCAGUAACAGUGAGGUCCUGAAGCAGUUCUCUCUGCGUGAGCUGACCAGGUUGCCACACGUCCGCAGAAACCUGCCAGCACACCUGAGGAACGCAUUUUCUGAGAUCCAUAGGGAGAUGAACGAUGCACAGAACCAUUUAAAAAUACAGACGAGUUAUUUAGAAUGCAUUCAGCGUGGAGUCAUUAAUGAGACCUUCCUGCAAAAGUACAUAUCUGACGAGCACUGGGAUAGUUUGACUCUGCAGGCUGUGAUACCGGGGGGAUUUGAAAGAAUAGGAAAGAAGCAAUCACUAAUCAUGGAAUGGCUUUGCCUUGGAGGGGUUCAGCAGCAAACUAGCAAUGAUGAAGCAGAGUCAAAUGAUGAGUGGGAACCAGAAGAGGAAGAGCAGCUGUUGGAAAUGGAUGAAGAGGCAGCUCUGAUUGAGGCUGACAGAAUCCUGGAUGAUUCAGACCCUAAGGCCAGAGACCGCGAUGAACGCAGGAGGGAGAAAGAGACCAUAGAAGAACUGUCUGAGAAAAUGCUGGCCAUAAACCUACAUCAGGCUGAGGAACAACCUUCACAGGGACAAGGACAGGGACAAGGACAGGGACAAGUUGAUGACGAAGGGUGGGAGGUGCAAAAUCACCAGAAAAAGAAAUUAAAGAAAAGGGUCAAGUGGGAGCUGAGAAAGAGCGAUGUUAUGAGCGAAGAAGAAGAGCAGAAAGUGUGGAAUGUAUGGGAGUUUAAACUAAAUGACAGAUGGAGACUUUACCGCCUCUGGAUGUUGCGGUAUCACACUGACCUUCGUAUGAAAGCUCUCCAGGCUGAACAAGUCUAUCAGGAUGCCGCAGAGCGCCUUGCUGAAGUUCGCCGCCACGAGGAUCUGUGUGUGCUCAAAAAUGCCAGAGUUAUUGGCAUGACCACCACAGGGGCAGCCAAAUACAGACAGGUCCUGCAGGAGCUCAAGCCAAGGCUGGUGAUUGUGGAGGAGGCAGCUGAAGUCUUGGAGGCCCACAUUAUUACCACACUAAGCAGAGACUGCCAGCACCUCAUUCUGAUUGGAGAUCAUCAACAGCUGAGACCUAGCGCCACAGUGUACGAACUAGCCAGAAAUUUCAACCUGGAGGUGUCUAUGUUCGAGAGACUCGUCAAAGUUGGUUUUCCUUUUGUGAGACUUAACUACCAGCAUCGUAUGAGGCCAGAUAUUGCUCGUCUUUUGACUCCUCAUAUCUACUCAGAGCUGGAGAACCAUGCUUCUGUACUGGAGUAUGAAAACAUCAAGGGAAUCUUUACAAACAUCUACUUCAUUGACCACAAGGCCCAUGAGGAGGGAAUAAGGGAUGGACGAAGUCAUCAGAACCUUCAUGAGGCACUUUUUGUGGUGGAACUCUGUCGAUACUUGUUGCGUCAGGAAUACCAGCCCUCUCAGAUUACCAUCCUUACCACAUACACAGGGCAGCUCUACUGUUUACGCAAGAUCAUGCCCUCAGCUGAGUUUUCAGGGGUCAAAGUUCAUGUCGUUGAUAAGUAUCAAGGUGAAGAGAAUGAUAUUGUCAUAUUGUCAUUGGUGCGCAGUAACCCGGAGGGCAAGGUUGGAUUUUUGCAAAUACCAAACCGCGUGUGCGUAGCACUUUCUCGUGCCAAGAAGGGACUAUACUGUAUUGGGAACAUGGAUAUGUUUAGCAGGGUGAAGCUGUGGAGUAAUAUACUUCACACCCUGAGGGAGAAAGAUCAAGUAGGAAGUUCUUUGACACUGAGCUGUCAGAAUCAUCCCGAAACACGAACCCCAGUGUCAUCUUCAAAGGACUUUACAAAUGUCCCCGAAGGUGGGUGCAACAAGCCCUGUGAGUUUCGUCUGGACUGUGGCCAUGUCUGUUUGCGCAUGUGCCACCCUUAUGAUGCUGACCACAAGAAAUACAAGUGUACCAAAGACUGCCCCAAAGUGCUGUGUGAGCUUGGGCACAAAUGUCCCAGACGGUGCUAUCAAGAGUGUCGUAAAUGUGAGGUACUUUUAGAGAAAGUCGUUCCAAAAUGCCAGCACAAGCAGAAAAUGCCCUGUCAUCAGAAACCAGAAGAAUUUGUCUGCAUGGAGCCAUGUGAGAAAAAGCUGGAAUGUGGACACCUAUGCCAGGCACACUGUGGUGAGAAAUGCACUGUGUAUUGCAAAGUACCAGUUUCUAUGGAGUUAAAAUGUGGACAUACCCAGAAAGAACCCUGUAGCUCCUCAAGGAGCCUUCUAUAUGAGCCAGCCUGCAGGACCCCAUGUAACACAAUCCUGAAAUGUGGACAUUCUUGCUCAGGGACUUGUCACAAAUGCUACCAGGGUCGCCUCCACAAAUCUUGUAGACAGAAAUGCCAGCAAAUCCUUCCAUGCUCACACAAGUGCUGUGUGCCAUGCUCAAAGUUCUGCCCACCAUGUACCCUCAAGUGUCAAAAUCGUUGUGUUCACAGUGUGUGCAUGAAAAAAUGUGGAGAACCUUGUGUCCCUUGCAUGGAACCCUGUAAGUGGCAGUGUCUACACCAGAGCUGUAGCAAACUCUGCCAUGAGCCAUGUGAUCGUCCACCGUGUUCAAAGAAAUGUGACAAGUACUUGCCCUGUGGACAUCCUUGUAUAGGUCUUUGUGGAGACCCUUGUCCAGAUAAGUGCCGGAUAUGCCAUCGUGAUGAUGUGAUUGAGAUCUUCUUUGGUAAUGAAGAUGAGCCAGAUGCUUGCUUCAUACAGCUAGAGGACUGCAAGCAUAUCAUCGAGUCUACUGGCAUGGACCGGUACAUGGGCAUGGAUGAGGGUGAGGAAGCUGAUCUGGAUCAGCGAGCUAUCCGGCUGAAGGAGUGUCCCAGGUGUCGAACUCCUAUUCGUAGGAAUGUGCGCUAUGGUGCCCACAUCAACCGCAGCUUGGCAGAAAUUGAGAAGGUAAAGGAACAGAUCAAUGGUCCGCAAUCUGACAAUAAGAAUAAGCAAGAUGAACUCCAGUUCCUUUUGGAGAGGCAGAGAAACUUAAUGGAGCAACUUCCUGAAGAGUACUUAAAUAUCACUGAGAAACUUCAGAAGUCUGGCUUAUCUCUUCUAGACCUCUGGUACCAGGAGAACUUGAUAACAUUCCUGGAGAGCCUUGGAAAGCUAAUGAAGGUGCAAAAAGAUCACAUGUCUUCAGUUGUGGGUGAUUUCUUCUCACUGCGAGUUAAGGAGUGUCUCAAAUUCCUGCUUGAUGUAUCUCAGAGAUUCUCUGAUCAGCAAAUCCAUGAUCUAGAACAUGAAAUGAAGAGGCUUUCCUACCUAGGCGAGCUCAAUGUCCGUUGCAAUAUAGCCAGUAACAUUGUGCUGGGGGUGAAAGUCAAUGCAGAGGUGACACAAGCAAGACAGAUCCUAGAGGACACUCGGCCAUUCACUGAAAACGAUGCAGAUAAGGUGAAGGAGAUUUUAAAAGAGCUGGAAAGUAAGCUUCCAAAAAGUGGCCUGGGUGUCACUGAUGAAGAAAGGGUGAUGAUUGUUAAAGCUAUGGCUCUCCCUCAGGGACACUGGUAUAAGUGUCCUAAUGGGCAUGUAUAUGCAAUCGGAGACUGUGGAGGUGCAAUGGUACGUAGCCAGUGUCCUGAAUGCAAAGCAACUAUUGGUGGAGUCAACCAUACUCUCACAGAGGGUAAUGAUGUAGCCAGAGAAAUGGAUGGAGCACAGCAUGCUGCUUGGUCAAAUGCUGCAAAUUUGAACAAUUUUAACCCAAGAGGUUUUUAAAAUGAUUUGCCCACCUUGCACUGAAAUUACUGAAAUUUUUAUGUAUAUAAUGUAUAUAAUGCUGAGUCAAUGAGCUGAAAGUCAAUAUUAACAUUCCUUAUUCUCUAAAAUGUAAGACCUAUACACAUAUUUACCAAUGUAGUGCACCUUUUUAGUUACGCAUUAAAGUUUUAGAAACACAUGAAAUAACCUGUUGCUGUAUGAAAAAUAAAUGUUAAAAAUAAAAGAAUUGCUGAUGUAUAUUGCA